CGGGGGGCGGGCAGCCCCGGGCGGAGGCGGCCCCAUCGCGGGGGGAGGCCGCUCCCUCCCUGCCCGCCUGCCUCCCGCAGCCACUCCGGACGGAGAGGCGGCACUCGAGGGCUCGGCGCGCCGCCGGCGGAGCUGGAGCAGCAGCCAGCAGCCGGGCGGGCAGCGGAGCACAUGGCAUGUCUGAUGGCGGCUUUCUCCCUGGGCACCGCUUUGAACGGCAGCAAUUCUGCUUGUGCCAUGGCCGAGCCAAAGUCGGUGUGUGUUUCAGUGGAUGAAGUAGUGUCCAAUGGCACAGAUAUCCAAGACAUUCGACUGAUGAAUGGACAUUUUAAAAAAGUGGACAGUACUCUGACAGAAGCUCAUCGUUUCUCCUACCUACCCCGCAGACCGGCUGUGAAUAUUGAGUUUAAAGAACUGUCAUACUCUAUCCAAGAAGGGCCAUGGUGGAGAAAGAAAGGCUAUAAGACCCUUUUGAAAGGAAUUUCAGGGAAAUUCAGCAGUGGAGAACUUGUUGCAAUUAUGGGUCCUUCAGGAGCUGGGAAGUCAACACUCAUGAACAUUCUGGCAGGAUACAGAGAGACAGGAAUGAAAGGAGAAAUUCUCAUCAAUGGACAGCCUCGUGACUUACGCUCUUUUCGCAAAGUCUCCUGCUACAUCAUGCAAGAUGACAUGCUCCUUCCUCAUCUGACUGUCCAGGAAGCUAUGAUGGUAUCUGCUCAUCUGAAACUUCAAGAGAAGGAUGAAGGCAGGAGAGAAAUGGUAAAGGAAAUAUUGACAGCCCUUGGUUUGCUGACAUGUGCCAAUACAAGGACUGGGAGUCUUUCUGGAGGCCAGAGAAAGCGUCUUGCCAUUGCUUUGGAGCUGGUGAACAAUCCUCCUGUCAUGUUUUUUGAUGAACCAACCAGUGGUUUGGAUAGCGCAUCGUGUUUUCAGGUGGUCUCUCUGAUGAAGGCUUUAGCUCAGGGUGGCAGGUCCAUCAUCUGCACGAUUCACCAGCCCAGUGCUAAACUGUUCGAGUUGUUCGAUCAGCUCUAUGUUUUAAGUCAAGGCCAAUGCAUUUACCGUGGGAAAGUAGUAAACCUUGUCCCUUACUUGAGAGAUUUGGGUCUGAAUUGCCCAACCUACCACAAUCCAGCAGAUUUUGUUAUGGAAGUAGCAUCUGGUGAAUAUGGAGACCAGAAUGGCCGGCUGGUAAGGGCAGUACGGGAAAGGAUAUGUGACACAGACUACAAGAGAGAUGUUGGUGGUGAGAAUGAGUUGAAUCCCUUCCUCUGGCACAGGCCUUCUGAAGAGGAUUCCUCCUCCACAGAAGGCUGCCACAGCUUCUCUGCCAGCUGCCUAACCCAGUUCUGUAUCCUCUUCAAAAGAACUUUUCUCACCAUCAUGAGGGAUUCGGUCCUGACGCACUUGCGUAUCACCUCACACAUUGGUAUUGGGCUGCUCAUCGGCUUGCUUUACUUAGGCAUUGGCAAUGAAGCUAAGAAAGUCCUCAGCAACUCUGGCUUCCUCUUUUUUUCCAUGUUGUUUCUUAUGUUUGCUGCGCUGAUGCCAACUGUCCUUACAUUUCCUCUUGAGAUGGGAGUAUUUCUUAGAGAGCAUCUGAACUACUGGUACAGCCUGAAAGCCUACUAUCUCGCCAAAACCAUGGCUGAUGUUCCUUUUCAGAUCAUGUUUCCUGUGGCUUACUGCAGUAUUGUGUACUGGAUGACUUCACAGCCAUCUGAUGCACUCCGAUUUGUCCUCUUCGCAGCCUUGGGAACCAUGACAUCCCUGGUGGCUCAGUCACUGGGUCUUCUCAUAGGGGCAGCCUCUACAUCCCUCCAGGUGGCCACUUUUGUGGGCCCAGUUACUGCAAUCCCGGUGCUUCUGUUCUCUGGGUUUUUUGUUAGCUUUGAUACCAUCCCAACAUACCUCCAAUGGAUGUCCUACAUUUCCUAUGUCAGAUACGGGUUUGAAGGAGUUAUUCUCUCCAUCUAUGGACUGGAUCGAGAAGACCUGCAUUGUGAUAAAGAUGAAACUUGCCAUUUUCAAAAAUCAGAGGCCAUUCUGAGAGAACUGGAUGUAGAAAAUGCCAAACUUUACCUGGAUUUCAUUGUUCUUGGAAUUUUCUUCUUCUCUCUGCGCCUAAUUGCCUAUUUUGUUCUCAGAUACAAAAUCCGAGCAGAGAGGUAAAGGAAAACCAGCUAAAACAAUGCAGUAGGAAGAUCUUUAGACAUGCAAUAGAGGGCACUUGACAUUGUCUCACUGUGGCAGGCCAGUCUCCAGUGCCCAGCUAGAUGCUGUUAUGACCUAGCCCAUAGAGAACCACAAUGGGAUAGUGGACAUACAGUGUUAAGCCAAUCAGUCCAGUUGGGUUGGGUCAUGUUUUCAUUACACUUUCUAGCUUUAACUAGGAAGAAGAAAUAGAAGGGAAUUUUACACCACAGAAUAUCAAAACCGAGGCAGUGUAACUGUAACAAAAAAUCUGCCUGCAGGAACUUUCCUUAUGAAAACCAAUUUUGGGUUAAGGUCGCUAAGAUACUAGUCCUGGUAGCCAGAAGAGUAUAAUGUCGUCUAUAGUUGACAAGGUAAUGAGAUGCUAAAUGGGAAAUGCAAAGAAAAUAGGAUUCUCUCAUCUUUUUAAAUUCAGAGUUUCAUCUUUGCAGUUUUCUAUGUAUUAUUUUGCAAUUCUUUUCCACAGAAUUACCCCUUCUGGUCAAAAGUCUCCAAAUGUAUUAAUUAAUUAGUUAAAGAUACCUUUUUAAUAUGGGCACUUUUUUUUAAAAACAAACCUCAAGCGAUUCAAGUCAUCAUUUUUGUUUCUGUCUAAAUUUAGGAUUCUGGUGCUUUACCUGUUGAGCUGGUCUCAUAUCUGAAAACUGUAAAGAUGGGAGGAAAAGGCAGAUUCAGAGUCUGCACUAAACCUGUGGCCUGUAGAUAGCACAGGCAGUCAGACAUAUUCAAGCUGUUGCUGAAUGAAUGAAAAAAACGUUCUUUUGCAGUGUCUUUUAAAUCAAUAUUUGUGAUAUUUAAAAUAUCUCUGCUCACAGUCUGUUUGAUCUACCUCCUGUGAAUGAAAAAUAUCAAAGCUCUCCAAGGCUCGUUUUUUCUUAAAUUGUGAAAGCAGAAUCUAUCCCUGAAGCCUGAGAGCUUGUUAAAGCCUGAUGGAGCUCGAGAGCUAUCCACAGCUCAAAGCUUGGGGUAUUGUGUUAAAACACUUGUGACUGCCUCACCUGGCAGUGUUUAUUGUAUCUGCAACACAUUACACUUAGAACUCUCCUCAAAAUACACAAAUGAUCUUGUAAUACUACAAGUCGAAUUAUGCCAAGCAGUUUUGUUCUCAUCCUGAAGUCUACAUGUGUGACGUGGGAAUUAGUAGUUAAUAUAUCUAAACACCAAUGAAACCAUUAAAAGAAACAUGCAUUUGUUUUGCAUGUUUCACCGUUGUGAACUAGGCAGGGGGAAUUCUGGUUCCAAGUUGAUGUGACUCAUGUCACUGAUUUUCAUGGUUUGGAUUUUCAACCCAAAAUGAAAUUAUGGAGAGCCCAUACUCAUGUGGGACACCUUGGCCAACUUCUGUGUAAAUUCCACUACCUUCUGCUCUUACUGUGUAUUCACCUUAGUGUCACAGACCUCUGAGUCAGACCAGUGCAUUCUGUAAAUGUGUAUCAGGAUGCUGAUGUCUUCUAGUUUGGAAGCAGCUCAAUGUCAGCAAAACAUUCAUCAGCUUGUGGCAGUAAAGUAGAUCUUGUGCAUCUGCUGGCCACCACACACAGUCACAAUCCACAGACUGUUUUUGAAGACUCCAUGGCUACUAAACUAAAUAAUGCCGGGGCCAGCCCUGUUAGUCCUCAGACAACUGGGACUAGCAGGAAUGGUCCCUGUACUAUGCUAACUCCUAAAUAGAGCCC